ACUGUCGUUUCGGGGUGACAGAUCGACUCCAAGAAUAUCGAAAAAAGCCUUUUCGAGAACAAGAGAACUUUCGCUUCUCUCCUUCUUGAAGAAACUGAACAAGGAUUCGUCAUGGAAGGCCUUGUAAACCACACUUACAGGAUUGAACCUUUAUUUGAAGCUGAAAGGUCUGACAGAGGGCAAAUUGCUCACAAACUUUAUACGGUGCAGCCACACGAAGCGAAUUUCAACGAAUCGAUUUCAGCAUUCGAUCCUCCCCCUCAGCAGUUUAAAGUAGAGGCCAGGGCCGACCUUCCAAAAGUUUUCCGUCCGGAUGUUUUUCUAAUAUCGGAUUACGAACACAGCAGGCACUUCGCGACUCUUCAGAAAUUAAUAAUCUACCUCGUCAUAUUCUUCAAUGGCGUGAAGUUACGCUACGAAAGUGUACGAUAUGUGUCUAUCGUACCCAGACUGGUUGGCGUUGAACGUGCAGAGUGGGGCCAGGACUCCUAUGAGAUCAUGUACGGAAAGGAUAUGAUUGCUGAAAGUACACUAACUAACUUUCAGUCGUACGUUGAAGGGCGGCUGAGGGACUUCGUGGGUGCCGACGCCGUAAUGCUGGUCACCGGACACUCCAUGGUGAGCGUGAAAUUACGCUACGAAAGUGUACGAUAUGUGUCUAUCGUACCCAGACUGGUUGGCGUUGAACGUGCAGAGUGGGGCCACGACUUCUAUGAGAUCAUGUACGGAAAGGAUAUGAUUGCUGAAAAUACACUAACUAACUUUCAGUCGUACGUUGAAGGGCGGCUGAGUGACUUCGUGGGUGCCGACGCCGUAAUGCUGGUCACCGGACACUCCAUGGUGAGCGUGAGCACUGGACGGAUCAGGCCAGGGGUAGCAGGAUUGGCCAUGACCGGAGGUAUGUGCACAAGGCGAAGGGUAGGUGAAAGCUUGGACAUCGGGAGAAGAUAUGCCGGUGUUGCUGCUCUAGCUCACGAGCUGGCGCACAUAAUGGGAUCAAGCCAUGACCAAGCGGCUCCAGUACCAAACAUUCCUGGAAACCAAGGCGCAUACCACUGCCUUUGGAGUGACGGGUACCUCAUGAGCUACGUCAGUAAGGACGAGAGGCAGUUUUCUUUUUCAUCAUGCUCACAGGAGCAGUUUGUUGCCUUCCUGAUGUAUGUCCCUCAAAGCUGCAUAGAAAACACUUGGAAAGGCAAAUUACCAAAGACUUCGAAAAGAUUGCCUGGUGACACGUUCUCUCGCAAGAAAUUCUGCCGAAGGCACUCCGGCUUUGCAAAUUCAAAAGAAUGUAAAAAGAGACACGGUGAUGACCUUUGCAAAAUAAACUGUUGUCCUGGGAAAGACACCUACGGACGAGACGUUGGUGAGGCUGAAAUCUGGUGUCUAGACGGAGCAAACUGCGGUAAAAACAGGGAAUGCUACGGUGGUUACUGCAAAACCAAGCGAAGAGAGUAAAGCAGCAUCGAACGAAAAAUGAGGAACAGUAGCUGAACCAUGGCGUCCCACGGUGUACAUCGCAUUUGUUGAAUUUAAGAAAGAAACUUCCAAGUAGCAUUUUCAAAACAAUAAAAUGCGUCUC